AGCCAUGAGCAGGCACACGUGGUUCCCACUGCAGUAUAUCUCCAAGCCCUUCUGGAGAGCAGAGAAUCACAACACAACCAACUUCUUCUCUGCAUUGUAUGGCUUUCCUAACAAAUCUUUCUUCCACAGUGACUUGGACCUUGAGGACUUGGGGGACUUCGGCAGCGGGACCCGAUACAAGGGUGAGUCCCAGAGCCAGACAGUGAAGGCACUGCUGAUUCUAGCCUACUCUGUAAUCAUCUGCAUCUCACUCUUUGGUAACAUCCUGGUGUGCCACGUGGUGAUCAAGAACAAAAGGAUGCACUCAGCCACCAGCCUCUUCAUCGUCAACCUGGCUGUUGCCGAUGUCAUGAUCACCAUUCUGAACACCCCCUUCACACUGGUGCGGUUUGUAAGCAGUACCUGGAUUUUUGGAAAGCUGAUGUGUCAUGUAAGCCGGUUUGUUCAGUACUGCUCUGUUCAUGUGUCUGUGCUGACCCUUGCAGCCAUCGCUCUGGAUCGGCAUCAGGUUAUUAUGCACCCUCUGAAGCCACGCAUGUCCAUGGUGAAAGGAGGAAUUUGCAUCAUUAUCAUCUGGGUUAUGGCCAGCUGCUUCUCAUUGCCUCAUGCCAUUUACCAGACUUUGACAAGAUUUUAUAUCGGAAACAGAACAAUACGAAUGGUCUGCCUCCCCAGCUUCCCUCCUCCUGCUGAUCUUUUCUGGAAGUAUUUGGAUUUGACUACUUUUGUACUCUUGUAUGUCCUGCCCUUGCUUGUCAUCUCCAUCACAUAUACCAUGGUGGCCAAGAAGCUCUGGCUGAGAAAUGCCAUCGGGGAUCUCACCAUGGAGCAAUACUAUGCCCAUCAACGGAAAAAAAAGAUGACACUGAAGAUGCUGAUGGUGGUGGUGGUUGUGUUUGCAGUGUGCUGGUUCCCCUUGAAUUGCUAUGUGGUGUUGAUCUCCUGUAGGGCCAUUCACAGUAGCAAUGCUCUAUACUUUGCUUUUCACUGGUUUGCCAUGAGCAGCACCUGCUACAACCCCUUCAUUUACUGUUGGUUGAAUGAGAACUUCAGAUCUGAGUUGAAAUCCCUGCUGUGUGUGUGCCGGCGAAGUAGCGCAGCCCAGAGUCAUGCUCUGCAGUCCAUCUCCCCCCCUUUCAGGCAUGCCUGGGUUGAGAACUGCCAUUAUAAAAGAGGCAGUGUCUGCCAGAAGGCAAGAGUAUCCUCCCAGAGGAACUCUGCAAAGACAGAUAUAUCUAGUGUUCAGCCAUUUGUGGCAGAAAACUAAAGCCUUCAUCUGACGGCCAGGCAGCAUUGUGUUAUAACUGCAGAGACAUAGGAAAGAAUUAGUUGGAAAGGACUGCUGGAGAUCAUCGAGUCCAACCUUCUGCCCAAACCACACUAGCUUCAGUGUUCAACUGGAUUGUUCAGGACCUUGUCCAGUCAGGUCUUCAAAAAUCUCCAGGGAGGGACUGCCCACAUGUGAGCUCCAUUAUGAGGGGUGUUGAGUGAGUUUUUAAUUGGAACAGUCAGCAAAAUAAAGGGAAUUCUCUAAUAGCACACAAAAUCUUUCAUAGACUAAGCAAAUAAGGGGAACACACACCAACUGACAAACAUUGCGUUAAACUAGACAGCUGUUAAUGCAUAUAGAAACACUGCCAAUUCCUUCUUUGUAUUUCUUUGUAAUUUCUUCAAGAUGAAUAAUGUCUAUAGCCCUCUACCUUUCCCAGGUGGAAAACUGUUGUUUGUUUCCUAACUGUACAUCCUCUGCUACUCCUUACAGAAGCAGCACUUUCUUCUGUAAGAAUCUGCAGUCUGGCAAUGUUGAGCUGCCUUCAAAGAAUAUUAUUUCCUUGAGGUGGUUGUGAAAGCUUACAUCUUUGUAAAAGCCUGGCAAUCUUUGCCAUCGUUAUUUAUACCCUUCAUCUGGAUGCUCUUGCUUCAGUAUAACUCUGUUAAAAUUUCCAUAUGGUUGUAAUACAACAAGAUUUGAUUCACCAACAUUUUUGGGGGGCUGAUAACAGCCAAAUAAAACAGCUGCUUAAGGGCCCUCUCUCUCCUGUGGGUUUUGUGUAACUUUUAGUCUGGAGAACAGAAGGCUUGGGGAGGGAACUUUACUGUUUCUGCAACUACCUGAAAGGAGGAUGGAGAGGGGAGGUGGUUGGUCCCUUUUCCCAAGUAACAAGUGAUAGGACAAGAGGAAAUGGCCAGGAAAAGGUUUAGACUGGAUAUUAGGAUCAAUUUCUUCACUAAAAGAAUGAUCAGGCACUGGAACAGGCUUCCCAGGGAAAUGGUGGAAUCACCCUCCCUGGAAGUGUUUAACAAGUGUGUACAUGAGGCCCCUAGUGACAUGGUUUAGUG